AUGUUGCCAGCUGAUUUACCUUUUGAAAUAAUUGCCUGUAUUGCCAGGCUCCUUUCUAUCCAAGACAAGUAUACCUGUACAUUUGUCUGUAGCGGAUGGAAAACGCCCUUUCAAGAAAACCUGUGGAAUGUACUCUAUGUUUCAGACAAGAAAAGACUCCUGAGCAUAUGCGGAAGACCUUUAAAAAGACAAAUAGCCUAUCAAAGACACGGAAAGCAUGUUGUAGAAUUGACUUUAUCAAAGAAGCUCAAAGCCACAGACGACCAACUGUACCUCAUCCAGAAUAGCUUCAAGAACGUACAAAGACUUUGGAUCGAAUCUAGGUCUUUAAGCAAAGUCAACUUUGGAAGCAAAUCAGACUGGAAGAUCUGGGAAGCACUGACAACUUUACGAAUCAAUUUGGACAAGCGAGACAUUUUUUACGCUGAGCUAAAACUUUUGGAUAUACUUUCUUGUUUACCCCGCCUUCAACAUCUGGAUAUUUCUCAGACAGCGCAGAGAAAACGAAUGGUAUUCACAUUGGAGAUAUUCGAGUUGCUUCAUUUCUACCUACCAGACCUCAAGAGCUUAUCUAUCAAUGUGGAUUUUUGUGUUCCUUCCACGGAAGACUUGGAGCGUAUUGCAAACGUAACACCGGCCUACAAUCUGACAGAUUUUAGUAUGGAUACCGGCAGUGUUAGCAACCGGUGGAUAUAUUAUUUUGCAUGCAAAUACCCGAGUGUCCAUACUCUCCGCUGGGAGGUCUACGGGAAUGGAAGCUUAUCCGACGAUCACCAAGACGAGGCAGCAUCGUUGUUCGCAUCACUUCCGUAUGCGUUUCCGCAUUUGAAAACAGUAGAUAUAUUUGGAAGUAUGUAUUCAGAAAAAGUUUAUUCUGUGCUGUGCGAGCUAUUGAAUUCAUUCAAUAUACCGAUUAAAAACUUGAGACAUGAAUACAAAUUCUCGCCCGAUCGGCCGAAAUUACUCAAACAGCUCAUAAGGGGAUACACAAAUUCAUCGUCAAAUACACUUGAAACACUAUUUAUUAAGAGCAGCCUAACGUUCCUAAACUAUCAGAACAUCACCGCUUCUUUUUACCAUUGCCCACGACUGGUAGAGCUUACUCUCGACAGAUGUUUUGCGUCCAUAGUACUCGACGUCCUUCUCUAUCGAUGUCCCGGUCUCAAAAUACUAAGGAUAUCAAGUGGAAAGCUCCUUAUUGGGAGAAAUGCAUCAAAAACUUCGCCAAAACAUGGGUUACGGUUAAUAGACAUCCGAUAUGCUCUCGUUACACCGGCUGCGCUCAACUACCUGUCAUUCCGCUGUAGAAGCUUGAACUAUAUGCGGCUCUCACGUGUGGAUAUACAGGGCUCAUUUUCCCAAAGAGACGGACGUAUACUGCUUGACAUGUCUUAUACUCAUCUGAAGGUCCUUAUUCUUGAAGCUGUCAUAUUCUUACCAGACAACAUAUGGAUUAUUAGCAAUAUCAUUAAUCUCAUUAAUCUUAUCGCUCCUACUGCUUCCCAGCCAUCCGUGGGUCAUAGUUGUGCACCAUCUGUGGUCAGUGACACGAUGGAAAAGAAGACAGAGUCAACCUGGAUAUAUAGAAUAUGUGAAAAAGAUACCGACGAUGACUGCUCAUAUGGAACCAGGAAAUUGAAUAAGAAAGAAUCAAAGUACGCUGAUAAAUACUACCGCAAUUUUCAGCGCAAUAGAAAUAUACCCAGCAAAACAAACCCUCCAAGAAACUAUACCGGGCCAGCAGAUUCUCAUGACUGGAAAAGAAAUCUAUUGCGUGGUCAUGUUGAGUUAAGGUGUGGGUACAUAGGUGUUUAUUUUAUUAGUCCCACUGCAAGCAGCCAAAGCAAGUUUUGGGACAAGAGUCUUGAUGACCUGGAUUGA